CAGGCUAAAGCAGCAGGUGCCCAGAAUGCGGGCAAGGCAGCCAAGAAGAAGAAGUGGUCAAAGGGCAAGGUCAAGGACAAGGCAAACAACGCUGUCGUCCUCGACAAACCCACCUAUGACAAAAUUCUCAAAGAAGUUCCUACCUUCAAGAUGAUCUCCCAACUGAUCGUGGUAUGGUCAGUCUGUCUUGAUCGACCGAAUGAAGAUCAACGGGUCCCUAGCACGACUAGCCAUUCAACACUUGGCCAAGGAGGGUGCCAUCAAACCCAUCGUUCACCACCAUGGUCAACUGAUUUACAGUCAGCUCGGGCCUUUCAGCAAGUAUACACGUGCUGA